AUUAGUGUUGUGUUGUCUCACAUGUGAUGACGUGUUUUGAGACUAUAAUUGAAUGACUGCUGAGUUGUUCAAAGAGUUUUGACUCAACUGAUUGGUGUUCAAUCAAUAAUAGCCGUAACCACUGGUCACCCGUUGUUUACCACCGAAAUGGCCAAUUCAUUGCAAGAUUUUAUCGAGAGUUCGGAGGACGUGGACGGCGUCCGAUUCGAUUGGAAUGUAUGGCCGCAGACUAGAGUAGAGGCGGCGAAGAUUGUCAUACCAUUGAGCUGUUUGUUUACGCCGCUCAAGGAGUCGACGACCCGACCGCUGCCGACCGUACAGUACGAACCAGUGCUUUGUUCGCGACAGAACUGCAGAGCAAUUCUUAAUCCUUACUGUCAGAUUGACUUCAGAGCUCGGAUGUGGGUCUGCAACUUCUGCUUCAAUCGUAACGCAUUUCCCGCUCAAUACGCGGCCAUCAGUGAGAGCUAUCGUCCGGCGGAACUCCAGUACACGACACUCGACUAUACCAUACUUCGGGGACCGGUUGCCGUUCCGCCGAUUUUCCUCUAUGUUAUCGAUACGUGUAUUGAUGAGGAAGAGUUGGCGGCUCUUAAUGGCACAAUUCAGAUGUCACUAUCGCUUUUGCCGCCAAACGCUUUGGUCGGACUCAUCACUUUUGGCCGAAUUAUCAGUUUAUGGGAAUUAAAUGAAAAUUGUUUGAGAAGUUAUGUAUUUCAGGGCAGCAAAGACUAUACCGCAAAACAAAUACAAGAGUGGUUAGGACUGAAUCCAACACAAGGACAGACACCUCAGCCUCAACAACAACAACAACCAAACGCUCCGAAGAAUAACGCAUCGAAAUUCUUGCAACCGGUCUCUGACUGUGACUCUGUUUUGACAGAUAUUAUUGAACAAUUGACUCGUGACCUCUGGCCAACAGCACAGGGCAAGAGACCGAUUCGUUCCACUGGAGCUGCUUUGUCUAUAGCAGUGAGUUUGCUUGAAGUAGCGUAUCCUAACUGUGGCGCCCGUAUUAUGCUUUUCAUAAGUGGCCCGUGUACUACCGGACCCGGUAUGAUCAUCGAUGACGACUUGAAAAAUACUAUUCGCUCGCAUCAUGACAUCGAAAAAGAUAACGCAAAGUACAUGAAGAAAGCCAUUAAACAUUACCAGGCAUUGGCUCAGAGAAGUGCUGUCAAUGGCCAUACUAUCGACAUAUAUGCCUGUGCUUUGGAUCAGACAGGUCUUCAUGAAAUGAAAUACUGUGUCAAUUGCACGGGUGGACUCAUGAUUAUGGGCGACUCAUUUGAUUCGAGUCUUUUCAAGACAUCCUUCCAAAGAGUGUUCGCCAAAGAUGCCAAAAAUCAACUGAAAAUGGCGUUCAAUGGAAUACUCGAAGUUAAGACUUCACGAGAACUGAAAGUCUCGGGUGCUAUCGGUUCGUGUGUUAGUAUGAAUGUUAGGAAUCAAUACGUUUCCGACACUGAGAUAGGUAUUGGCAAUACUGCUCAGUGGAAGUUCUGUUCAAUGCAUCCGACAAUGAGUACGGCCUUCUAUUUCGAUGUCGUUCAGACACAAGCUGUGGCCCAACAACAGCAACAAAGAGGAUAUAUUCAGUUUAUAACACAAUAUCAGGGAACUGAUGGUUUCCGUCACGUCAGAGUCACGACAGUCGCCCGAAAUUUCGGUGCCAAUGAUUAUGCCUUCGAUCAGGAGUGCUCUUGUGUUGUCAUUGCACGACUGGCCUGUCAUAGGGCUGAAGUCGAGUCCAAUGGUCCGGACAUACUUCGAUGGCUCGAUAGGAAUCUCAUUCGUUUGUGUCAAAAGUUUGGUGAAUACCGUAAAGACAGUCCCGAAUCGUUUCAAUUGUCGUCAAACUAUUCAAUGUUUCCGCAAUUUAUGUUUCACUUAAGACGCUCUCAAUUUAUUCAAGUUUUUAACAAUAGUCCCGACGAAACAUCAUUUUAUAGACACGCCCUGUUCCUCGAGGAUUGCUAUAACUCGCUUGUUAUGAUUCAACCGACACUAUUGGCGUACAGUUUCAAUGAGGCCACACAAGCAGUCUUAUUAGACACAUCAUCCAUACAACCGGAACGCAUACUAUUGAUGGACACAUUCUUCCACAUUGUUAUAUUCAGAGGCGAAACAAUCGCCGCCUGGAAGAAACAGGGAUAUGACAAACAACCCGGAUAUGAGGCAUUCGCUCAGCUUCUGGAGGCACCCAUUAACGAUGCCAACGACUUAAUGAUGACCCGAUUUCCAUUACCACGCUAUAUAGUUUGCGAUCAGGGAUCAUCGCAGGCACGGUUCCUGCUUUCUAAAGUUAAUCCAUCGCUAACACAUAACACAACUAUGGGCUAUUAUGGCGAUCCCAAUGCCGGCGCAUCAGCUCCGGUACUCACUGACGAUGUCUCACUUCAAGUCUUUAUGGAACACUUGAAGAAGUUAGCCGUUAAUUCUAGUUCCACAUAAAAUAAUAAAUUAUUUUUUUAGUGCUUUUUGUGGUUACAAUUUGUUAUUAUAUCUAAAAUGGCCAAAAAAUAUCCGUAUUUUGCAUUCAUAAGCAAUUUAUUAUUUAAUUUAAUUUUAUAAUUAUUUAGUCAAAUAUAUAUUUCGGUAGUUUUUAAUUUUUAUAUUAGU